UGAGAUCACAAGGAAACCAGAAAGCAGCUCUGUCACAGGAAUAAUCGCAACCUCACUGAGGAUGGACAGUGAGAGAAGCACAGCAACCUCACUACCCUCAACAACUCUCCAUACUCUUACAACCUCAACUCCCAGCACAUCCACAGGCACACACUCAACAGCUACCCCAUUCCCUAUCAACCCUGAGAAAGGUGUUUCCCUCUUCCCUUACGGACCACAUGUUGGAGACUGGGAGUUUGUCAAAAGGAAAGUAGACUUCACCUCGCUGCUCUUCAAGCCCCAGAUUGGAUUCCCUUUUGGCUCCACUCUCCGAGAUUUCCUCUACUUCACAGAUAAUGGUCAGAUCAUUUUCCCGGAUUCAGAGUACCAGAUUUUCUCCUAUCCCAACCCUCCCCUUAGAGGCUUCACGGACAGGGACCAGCUGGCCAUUGUGGCUCCAUUCUGGGAUGAUGCUGAUUUCUCCAGCCACCAGGGAACCAUAUUUUAUCAGGAGUAUGAGACACUCUAUGAUGCCUACAAACCACUUGUAGUCCAGCAGGUAGAAUCUUGGAUUGAAAAGUUUACAAACACCUGGAACUACAAAGCCAGGUGGACCCUAAAGGUCACAUGGGCCAAUGCCCCUGCCUAUCCUGCCCAGUGGACGUAUGGGACCAGUACCUACCAGGCCAUCCUCUCCACAGAUGGAAGCAGAUCCUUCGCCUUGUUUCUCUACCAAAGUGGUGGGAUGCAGUGGGAUGUGACCCAGCAUCCAGGCAACUGGGUCCUCAUGGGCUUCUCCAGUGGAGAUGGGCAUUUUGAAAACAGUCCACUGACAUUCCAGCCAGCAUGGGAAAAGUAUCGUCCGGACCAAUUCCUGAAUUCCAAGUCAGGACUCAGGGGUCUACAGAUCUAUAAACUACAUAGUAAAGAAAGACCCAACUACCGUCUCAGGUGCCUGCAGCAGUUGAAGAGACAGCCUCAGUUGCCCAGUUUGGGCUGGGACCACAUCUCCUGCCCUUGCUCCUGGCAACAGGGACUAUGGGACUUACGAUUCCAGCCCAUCCACAUAGGCUGGUGGGACCUUGGCAGCAGGCAGCUGUGCAGCUUUUCCUCCUGGCGCAGGGGCGUGUGUUGCAGCUACGGACCAUGGGGAGAGCUUCUCCAAGGCUGGAGAGUGCAGAGUCCUUGGCAGCUUGAGCAAGAACUGGAACUGCAGGACUGGUGCUGCCGCAGGACUGGCCAGCCCUCCUUCUGUGCCCUGUAUCACCAGAGGCAGCCCCGCAUCAGCUGUGCUUGGUACCAUCCCCCAAGGCCCGCCUGGAUGUUUGGGGACCCCCACAUCAUCACCUUGGAUGGUGUCAAUUACACCUUCAAUGGGCUGGGGGACUUCCUGCUGGUCCGGGCCAGGGACGGAAACUCCUCCUUCCUGCUGCAGGGCCGCACUGCCCGGACUGACUCAGCCCAGGCCACCAACUUCAUUGCCUUUGCUGCUCAGUACACCGCCAGCAACCUGGCUCCCAUCACGAUUCAAUGGCUCCUUGGUCCCAAUGACACAAUCCAUGUGCGGCUCAAUAAUCAGACUGUGACCUUUGAAGAUGAAGACCAGGAAAUCUUCAAUACCACUGGAGUUGUAAUGACCCGCAAUGGCUCCUUCGUGUCAGCCAGCUUAGAUGGGACAGUGGUCGUCUCAGUGACUGCUCUCUCCAACAUCCUCCAUGCCUCCUGCAACCUCCCAGAAGAGUAUCAAAACCACACGGAGGGCCUCCUGGGGGUUUGGAACAACUAUCCAGGUGACGACUUCAAGAUGCCCAAUGGCACUGUUAUUGCCCAAGGGAGCACAGAAGAGGACAUUUUUCAUUAUGGAAUGACCUGGGAAAUCAAUGGAACAAGCCUCCUUGGCAAGAGGGACAACCAUCUGCCUUCCAAUUUCACCCCAGUCUUCCUUUCCCAACUGUUGCUAAACAACACCUUGAGUGAAAAUUUGACUUCCGAAUGUAACGGAGACAGACAAUGCAUCUAUGACACCCUGGCAACAGGAAACACAGGGACUGGACUUCAUACUAGGAUGCUCUUGGGAAGAUACCAGGAGAUGAACAACACUCUCAAUCAGUAUCCGCCCUCUAUCUACGGUGCCCAAGAGUUGAAAGCCUACGUGGGGAACACCAUGCUGAUUCAAUACAACAGCAGCUCUGAGAACGUCACAUUCACUCUCAGAGACAAUUCCACUGAAGACUUCAAGCUUUUUGAGAAUGGGACAUUGCUAUGGACACCAGGCUUGCCGAAACCCUUCACUCUGGAGAUUCUAGCAAGAAAUGUCAAGGACAACUUAUCAUCUGUACUCCAGCCGAAGACCGUGGUCUGUCCUUGCAAGGAAGAGAAACAGUGCUUAUACAACCAGACCAGCUGGGUGGGCCAUUCCUCCCUGGAGGUGGCCGGCUGCAAGUGUGACAACAACACUUUUGGUCUCUACUGUGAACGCUCCAAGGACCUCUGUGACGAGCAGUGCUUCCCAAAUGUGAAGUGCAUUCCUGGGCAGGGCUGUGAGGCUUGUCCCUCAAACUUAACUGGGGAUGGACGUCACUGUGCACCUCUGGAGUACCACGCACUCUGUGAGAACAUGUCCUGCCCUGUGAAUUACUGCUACAACCAAGGCCACUGCUACAUCUCCCACACCCUGGGCUGCCAGCCCACCUGCACCUGUCCCCCAGCCUUCACAGAUGCCCGCUGCUUCCUAGCUGGGAACAAUUUCACUCCAGCCCUCAAGUCAGAGCUUCCAUUAAGAACCAUCCAGAUCUUUCUCAGUGAAGAAGAAAAUGCCACCAUGGCAGACGUCAACGCCUCGGUGGCCUAUAGGCUGGAGAACCUGGAUGUGCAGGCCUUUGCAUGGAACAGCGAAGUGCAAAAAGUUGGUCCUCCAGAACCCCUGACCUCAGGAAGCUUCCUUCAACGAUGGAAGGUCAUCUCGAAAUUCCAGUACCGCCCUAGGGGUCCUGUCAUUGACUUCCUGAACACCCGGCUGCUGGACUCAGUAGUGGAGGCAUUUUUACUACAGGCCCCGCAGGGAUUAUGGAAGAAAAGUGAGGGGCCCAGGAAAGAUGUAGUCUUCCACGCCAUUGCCAGGAGAGACGUGCACAGUUUGAUGGCCUUGAACAUAAGCACGCUGCGGAGUUACUUAAAAUGCAACGGCUACCCGGGCUACGAGCUGGUCUACAGGCCGCAGGGCGGCUUCACUUGCGUGUCCCCGUGCAGUGAGGGCUACUGUGAGCACGGAGGCCAGUGCCAGCACCUGCCCGAUGGGCCCCACUGCAGCUGUGUGCCCUUUUCCAUCUACACGCCCUGGGGCAAGCAGUGUGAGCACCUGAGCAUGAAACUCGGCGCCUUCUUCGGGAUUCUCUUUGGGGCUUUGGGCGCACUCUUGCUGCUCGGGGUCGUGGUGUUUGUGGUGCUGCGCUUCUGGCGCCCCGGGGUCCGGUACUCGUACCCCCUGGACUCAGAAAGCUGAAGCCUGGCCCCAAAGGGGCAGCUAUGGCCGAAGACCCGCCCCAGCUUCACCCGCAUAUUUCCCGGAGCCUUUGCUUUCGUCAGAUUGGAAAAAGGAAGAUGACUGAAGUCGAUUCAGGAUUCUU